UAACGGUCUUCCUGUUUCCGGGUUAGAGUUCGCCGGGGUCCUAGCAGCGCGGCUUAGACAGACAGCCCUCUGUGUUCGAUACAAGUUUAUUUCUUUCCUCUGUAUAUCUCUACAACCAGCUGUAAAUAUGUCUGGAAGAGAAGGAGGCAAAAAGAAACCACUGAAGGCGCCCAAGAAACAAAGUAAGGACGUGGAUGAUGAUGAUAUGGCCUUCAAGCAGAAGCAAAAGGAAGAACAGAAGGCCCUGGAGGCGAUGAAGGCCAAAGCAUCAGGGAAAGGACCUCUAGGUGGCAGUGGCAUCAAGAAAUCGGGCAAGAAGUAAAAUCUGAUGAUGGUCUUAGUUUGCUCACGGCUUUGCUUCCUGCUUCUGUAUGCUGAAAGAUUCCAGUUUGUUUUGCUCUGUUAAACAGGAACCCUGUCCAAGUCAAAACCUGAAUCAGUGCUGAGUUUAUCCAGAAAAAGUACAAGAAAUAAAUUUAACAAUUUUCACAAUUUCAAGGGCAGGAACUCCUGUUGCUGGUCAGUGCCACUACACAAACCAUCGCUUAAUUAGAGGUUUCACAGAGAUUUUUCAGGAAGUCAUUUGCAUUGACCAGAAUCUUCAAAUAUUGAAAUGAAGAUCUGCAGUUUUACAAAUAGAAAAUGUGAAAAAAUCCUGAUUUCUGUUGUAUUUUGUUUUGUGUCCACGUUUAAUAAAUUUGGAAAUACAAAUCUGGCCAAGAUUUUGUUGUAUUGUAAAGAAGAACAUACCAAUAAAUUUUUUUUGUAAUUACA